CUAACCUCAACUUGCAAGAGUUGUAUUAAGAUAUUCAUCCCUAAUAUGGGAAAGAGGACAAAGAUAGAACGUUUGUUGAAUACAUAAUUAGGGCUUUUCUUGAAGGUGGUGAUUGUAUGCAUGUGUGGAUAUAAAUUUUGUGGGCAGUUUUCAGGAGUCAUCAGCCGCUCGCAAGAAAGUAACUGCGAGGCUUGCGGCAGACGACAGUAUUAUGGCAGAUAGUGGCAAGGGACCUUACAGCAAAGAAGAACUUAAAAAGCGUUUGACACCAAUGCAGUAUUAUGUUACUCAGGAAAAAGGAACAGAAAGGGCAUUUACUGGCAAGUACAAUAAAACUACAGAUGCUGGAACAUACAGCUGUGUUGUUUGCAAUGAGGACCUAUUUUCAUCAGAUACAAAAUUUGAAUCUGGCUGUGGGUGGCCAGCAUUUAAUGAUGUUAUAAACCAAGGCAAAGUUAAACUUACCAAGGAUACAUCUCAUGUUGGGGGCAACCUUCUGUUAUUGGUCGCAAACCCAGGCAUGGUGCGUACUGAGGUGACCUGUGCCAACUGUGGAGCUCAUCUGGGCCAUGUGUUCAACGAUGGACCAAAGCCCACGGGAAGAAGAUUCUGCAUCAACAGUGCUGCACUUAAUUUUCGACCACUGCAUCAACCAGAGCAGUGAGCUUUGUCUUUCAGCAUAGGACAGAAGAUGUUUAAAAACCUUAUUUCAGAAUUUAAGUGAUAAGAAAAUGAAUUUUGAUUAUGUCUGUGCAGGCACUAGUAUGCUUUUGAAAUUGAUUUCAUUGGUUUCACUGUUGACAUGAAUUGAUGUAGGCCUAAAUGUAACUGAAACAGUGAAUAUUCUGUAUAGUAAAUUAUUGGUAAUGUGAAUCUCUAACCUACCAUUCAUUUGACAUUUAUUUUGUAUGGCAUUUGACACAAGCUUUGGUGUUGUGAAUGUUUUACAGUAUUUUUGGAGCAUAUAUUUUGGAUGUCUUAUUACAUAUGCAAUGGAUGUUUUAAGUGCCUGGCGCUUUGUUACCUGUGACUUUGCGGAAAGUGCACAUUUUUUAUUCAAAGGUUGGUUGCAGAAAAUCUUGUAUUGUACAGGAAAGUCUUUUCCAAAACCUAUUGCCUUUGUACAGUAGUACUGCAAAUAAGUACAAACAGAUGUAACCUUAUUGAGAUAUUGCAAACUCCUUUCUCAAAGUAAAAUGUUAAUCUUGGAACAGUUAUUUUCAAUGUCUUAUGUGACCGUUACUAUAUUUUCUGAAGGAGUUAAUGUUAUUUUUAUCAUGAUUUUCUUCUGAAAUCAGAUACUUGACACUGUGUACUGAUCAAACUGUUUUUUACUGUGAUAUAACCAGAGUUAAGAAGCAUAUUUUAGAUAGCUCAUGGUAAGCAAAUGAUUCCAUUUUUGUUUUCGAAUAAAAUUGCUCUCAAAGAUUAAUGGUUUGAUGGCCGUUGAUACAAAGAAAGAAAUAUAUAUACAUGGUUCUUACACUAUAACAGUUAACUCCAUUAACAGUGUUGUUAAUACACCAUUAAUUAAAGAGUGUGCAUUACGUAUGGAAAAGUUUGUUCUGUGAUCUUACUCAGUUGUGACUGAAGUGCGAACCGUAAUAAACUUAGACUUUUACUUUGUUGUAUGUGUUACUAGCUGAUCUCUUACUGGGCAUGCUCAGUGUUUGAUACGAUAAUGUGUAACUGCAUAUCCCCUAACCCUUACGUAAAUACAUAUACUGCUCCAUCAUUGUUCUACUAACCUCAGUUUAGUGUAAUUUUUGUUUUGUUUGAGUUGCUUCAUUUUCCCAGCAUUUGCUAUGCUUUGUAUUUUCAUUGUGCAGAAUUUUUCACUCUAUUUGAUUCCAUUUUUGCUUCAUCUAAAAUAUUCUUGACACUUUCUUACACAUUUUAAUUCCUGCAUUGUGUGAUAUCAUAUUUGUAUGUACUGUUUGGUUCAUUUUUAUAAGCUUGACAGUACGGUAUUAUUUUCUUGUCCAACAUCCUCUUUUUCCUUUCUCAGUUUUUGUAUGUCAUUUCUCAGUUUUUGUAUGUCAUUUCUGUCCAGUUUCUUAAGAACAUCUUAAUAUUGCAGUGAACUUCAAGAGAAAUGUAAACAGAAAUUAGUAGUGCAUUCUGUUAAAAAUGUGUUGACUGUAUUUAUUAAUUAUAUCUUUUUUUUACAUGAGGUGUAUGACAAGCACAUGCUGUAAUACAUUAAGGGAGCAAACACUGUUUUUCCCUUCCCCUACCAGUAUGGUUAACCAGUCUGUGAUCUAAGUGUCUUUCCAUCAGAUAUUUUAUUUACUGCACUUUUUCUUGCAAUUCCUAAGUGAAAUGUUAAUUGCUUUACUCUUCAUAAACUAUUAUAUAAUUUUUCAUGUUUCCUUUAUUUAUGAGUGUCAUAACACAAUUUUUUCAUGUAUGCUUUAUUGGCAACCAUUCUACAUAUCAAUCAGCCAACAAUGGCUACAACUCCUAUUUUCCCCCAGAAGUGAAACAUGCUGGGUAUUUUCAUGGCUAUAAUCUUUUUUUUUGGAAAUGGGCAUUAAAUGUAAUUGCCAUGUAUGCUCUUGUGUGAAAUCACUGCCAUGUGGCACUUCAAUGUAGUGAAUAUCAAAGUAAAUCUGACUGAGCUUUGCAGCUUGACAGGGGAGUAAUUAUGCUUAGUACCUGCAAAAAACUGUUUUAUGUAUGGCUAUAAACCAUUAUGCUAGAUUCACACUUACUGAGUGUAUAUAUUUGGAUAAUGUAAAGAAAUAAUGUAUUUUGAAGCCUCUAUCGUCAGAUGAAGGGAAAUGUUUGCAUUGCUACAGCAAUUGAGCAUAUACAAGCACAUGGUAGAAUUGUCUGGAGUUAAUAUUGUCAUUUUUAUGUGGAGAUUACUUAGUCAUUUUUUUUAAGUCUCUUGCAGCAAACUUAGUGUUUUUGCUAUAUAAUAUAUGGGUGGUUAACAGCUGUUGGGCCAUAAUCCACAUUUAUAUGGAGACGAGAUAUUUACUUCCAAAGUUUCAGCCUUACAGAAAAAUCAAUAAGGGUGCUAACAAACAUUCUUUCUUUUACUGCAAAAAUAAAAGAAUCACAAAUGUUCCACUAUUUUUGUUUUUAGAUAAAUGAACUACUUAAACCAUUUUAAUAAUAACUGCAAAAGGUUAGAUAUGUUUCAUCCUAUAAAACUUCUUGAACAACAUUUUUUUGCAGUUGGUAAGUCACUAACACACUUUACAGGAAACAAAAUUGAUUUAUUCAGAUCCAUCUGUGUGGUCACCAUAAUGUGGUUUUCAGCUAUAAGUUUUUAUAAAUCAAUCAUGGUGUAUUGGAGGUAUACACUGAAGAGAUAUCAAACAUCAUCUUUUCUUUCGCAGUAACUCUGCUUUCUCAGAAAAGCAAUGGUGUAGAAUCCGUUUUGAGUGCUUGGUGGUUUUGCUUUACUAGACUUCACAAAUUUACACAAAUUCGCCCCCGGUAGCUGAAUGGUCAGCGCGACAGACUGUCAAUCCUAAGGGCCCGGGUUCGAUUACCGACUGGGUCGGAGAUUUUCUCUGCUCAGAGACUGGGUGUUGUGUUGUCCUAAUCAUCAUCAUUUCAUCCCCAUCGACGCGCAAGUCGCCGAAGUGGUGUCAAAUCGAAAGACUUGCACCAGGCGAGCAGUCUACCCGACGGGAGGCCCUUGUCACACGACAUUUCAUUUCAUUACCUAUGAAUGGAGAAACUUCCUCCAAAUUAUAUGCAGUAAAAAGGCUCUUUAGUUAAUCCUUUUACAGUUUUUAACUUCAUCAAGAAUCUCAAGUUAUAUACUCAGAUCUGACAUUUAUAAUAAGUCAUACAUAUUGUUAGCACUGGAGAUGGCAAAGUUUCCUGCAAGUCAAACACGAAUACUUGAAAAAUACCAUUAAUUGAUCUUGCUUCCAGGACAUUCUUUUACUUUGCUUCCUAGGCCUAUCCCGGUUUUGCUUCUACAUUACGUCUGCUUGGAUACUAUUCUGCUAUUCAAGGUCUUCUUUUUAUGCGCUUUUUAACAGUAAAUUCUGUUAGCAAUCAUGUUUAUCACGUUACUGACCAGGUGAUGGAAUCGCAGAACCUCUUACAAACAGUAGAAUCAACCCCCUUUUUCAUCUUAUAGGAGUUAAGUUCUUGUUGUGCUGAGGUGAUAAAUUUACUUUAGUGUAACUCCUACUUUUCUGUGACACUUUUAUUCAAUCUGUUGUGAAGAUAUUUUUCUUUGUGCAAUCCAGUUUGAAAUUGCUAGCAAAUAUAUUCUCUCAAUUUUCUCAUGUGACACCUUACCACCACAGUUUCUAGGACAACUGCAGAAUUUUGUUGAACAAGAUUUAGCUGGAACAAACUUAACAAUUGUCACUGUUCACAGUUCACCACUCUGAAACUUCAGUUCUCUCACAUACUUUUUCUAAAUGAUCAGAUUUCAUACUUGUUUUUCUCUCUUGUUUUUUCUCGGAUGAAUUACUUCAUCUUGUGAUGGUCUGCUGUCUCCUAAUGGGUCAUAAUCCCUGUCUGUCUCUGAAUAAUCAGUAUUGGUGUCACCAGAGUUCAAACUUGUAUCUGAAAAUACCAAACAUAACAUGAAAAAGCACGCGCCAAACAUGGUUAAUCCAUAUAUUUAGUUAGAUCGUAAUCUGGUUAUUGCAAGCAUAUGAAAUUUCCAAGUGUCAGUCUUGAACUGUACCUUUUGCAAAGUGUGGGCUCGUCUCCUCUUGGGUUUUGCCACCUCAUUGGUGGGAUCUCCAGCUAGUUCAAUAUUCUCUUGCAUAGUAUCUCCCAUUUUACUUUCAAGUUCAGGCAUUUGUUGUAUGGGUUAGGCAUUAGUGGUGUACUAAGAGACAGUUGCAUUUUAGUUUCAGAACUGCUUCUUAAUGAACACAGAUCUGAAUGCCUUGUACAUCAUUUGGCAUUUCUGAUAGUGACAGAAUUGGCAUUUCCCCACACGUUGCACAUUGAUGUCAUAAAUUGGAGUUUUGUGGGUUAGGUAUCUAUGGCUUUAGCUGUCCAUAUUUUAUAUCAAAGACUGUUGUGAAAAAUACUCAGAAAUACUUAGUUUUUAACAGAUCGCAGUGUUUAUUUUAGAAAAGAUGUUCCUUCCUCGCAGAUCUUGAUAUUUCUGUAAAUCCUGUAUUUUCUGAUACUGUAUUGUUAUGUACUUAAAUAAUUGAUUCAGAAAAUCAGAUUGCAGUUUAUCCCUCUCUGAGAAAAAAAUGCCUGUUUUAGCCCCAUGGGAUUAUAAGCAUUAAAGUUACGUUGACAUUAGGGAGUGAGACUAAGAAUUUUAAUGAAAUAAGUGAAUGUUUACAAAUACUAUGUUGCUUUCCAUGUCCAUUCCUCCUCCUCCUCCUCACAAUUUCUGUAGUUGAGUAUAGUCUUCUAACAACGUUCCUGCCAGUUGAGUUUCUCUUUAAGUUAUGCUGUGCUAUUUUAAAGGUAUUUUUGAGAGGUACACAAAUAACUAAGAACUUUACGGUGCAGUGUAAAUUCUAGCUCUGACAAGUUAGUCAAAUGUAAAUUUGAAUUUUAAUGUGCAUUUAUUAUUUGAAUACUGAUUCUGUUCUUCAUAAGCUGUACAGUUUGAUUUGAAACAUUUCUAAUGUAAGAUUUUAAAUAGAAUUAACAUGUACCAACAUUACUAUAGUUAAAAUUAUCUCUUAUAUGAACUAAAACUGCUUUCUGUGUAAGUUACGCCUGUUACAAUAAGUUACUUCAGUUAAAAUAUUGCUCCUAAGAGAGUUUUUUUGUGACUAAUUAUAUUAUGUGCAGUAAAUAUAUGAGAGAACAAUAUCUGGAGCAACAUUUUCCUUCUGCUUAUUUAAUGUAUGUAUAAAUCUAAAUGUGAAUGCAUUCUUUCCUGUUGUGUUAAUUGAUGUAUAACAUGUAGUGCAGAUUCUGAAAUGUUAACUCAGGAGAUAAUGACAUUCAUUUGUUGAGUGGUGUUUUGCUUGUGUCAGUCGGUUUGUGAGGCACUAAAGAAAGUAACAUAUUUUUGUAAGAAUGAUGUACUACAAUUUUAACACAUAACAAACUAGUCAGUAAUGAGAUAUAAGAAUUAUCUAAAUAAAAACUUUGUUACUAAAGUUUGUAUGAUUACUGAGUUUUGUGAAAUGUUUGUGUUAGUUUAUAUUACCUAGAAAUGAGCAAAUUAGUGGACUGCUCUGUGUUGACUGCUUGUUCCAAGAAUGCGUAAUUUCAUUCCAUGCUGUAUCUAUCAGAACUGGUGUUGGAGGGGGCAAAUUAAUCAAUGUGUACAUCUAAGAGUAUAAUUAGUCUGUAGCUUGCAUGUCCCUAAUUCCACAGACAAGGUGUCACAGUUGUGCUAUAUGAACUGUCAGUUUAGAUGUCUUCUGCAUGUGCAGAUGUUUGAAUGAGAGAGCCUUUGUGAUAAUGAAAAUGAACUUGGAUGGCUUGUUUUCUCUGUGGGCAUCCAGUUGUUAAUCAGAUGUGAUCUCCAGUUGAUGAUAGGAUUGUUCUAAGUAUGUAUUGUGACUUUCGUCUCCACCAAAGUUAUGUUUGUGAAGGAUAUCAUGGUGCGCCAUCGUUCGUAUGCCACGUUCAACAGGGUGUCGCCUAGUAACUGGCUGGGGGAAGUGACUGGCAGAUCAGUCAGCCCUAAAACAUCCUAUAUAUUCAUUUGUUGCAUAUUUUGGCAUUCAAUCCAACCUCCUUUGUGACAACUGGUUUCUGCAAUGUGGAUUUUCGUUCUCCAUUAAUACGAUGGUCUAGCCAGCAAUGUGAAUUUUCAUUCUCCAUUAAUAUGAUGAUCUAGCCGGAGAUAAUCAAUAUAUGGUCUGUUCAAAAAAUUCCGGAACUUUGUCAACAGAAUUUUUCUAUGCUUACCUUUUACUUAUUGUGCAUGGUCUCCUUCGAAAUAUUCUCCUCCACAGUUGAUGCACUGCUACCAGUGCUGUUUCAACUUCCAGAAACAGUCGUGGUAUGCUUCUUGCUGGAUUGCACAAAGCACCGUGUUUGAAUUUUCUUUUAUCUUGCCUGUUGUUACAAAUCUCCAUCCUUUCAAUGGGGUUUUCAACUUUGCCAGGUAUGGAUAGUACAGAGGAUGAGACAGCUCACUGAUUUCGUUUUUUGUGCAAUAGUCAUGCACCAACAGGGAUGAAUGUGUGGAUGUGUUAUCGUGAUGCACGAACCAUGAAUUGCCUUACCACAUUUCAGACCAUUUCCUUCUCACAUUUCCUCGCAGGCGUCACAACAUAUCCUGAUAGUACCACUGAUUAACAGUUUGACCUUGUGGCACGAAUUCAUGACUAACUGAUUCUUCAAGGUCAAAGAAAACUAUCAGUAUGGCUUUAUCAUUUGACCUGGCCUGAUGAGCUUUUUUGAUUUUGGAGAACCUUUCCCGAAUAUUUGUGAAGAUUGAACACUGGUCUCAACAUCGUAAAUGAAGACCCACGUCUUGUCACCGGUUGUGAUUCUUUUAAGGAACAUCUCGUUAUUAUUUGUGUGAUCUAAAGGCCCUUCACAGUUUGCUAGGUGAAGGUCUUUCUGGUCUUGAUUUAUGAGCUGUGGAUCAAUUUGGCAGCAACAUGAUGCAUUCCAAGCUGCUGUGUCAGGAUUUCAUUACAUGAUUCAACUGAAAUGUUACAUUUUUCUGCAAUCUCUUGGACAGUCAAUCUUUGAUUGGCACAUACCAUUUCAUUGAUGUUCCUUACAUGAGCAUUGUUGGUGGACGUUGAAGGGCAUCCUGAAUUGGGGUUCGUCUUUAACUUCUAUCUGGUCAGUUUUAAACUGUGUGAACCAUUCAUAACACUGAGUGAGUAUGGCGUGUCUGUAAAGGUUUUCUUGAAUUUCACACAAAAUUUAAUGCAGACGCAUUGCUCCUCUAACUCUACCAUCUCGAAAUUUGCAAACUAUGUGACACAAUGUUCUACUCAGGUGCUGAACAAUAACGAACAGGCAUACAACAAUGAAACUUCCAACAGCUACACAACAUAGGCGUGUGCAGGGAUACCAGCAACAUUUCGCUCCAAUGUACCGUUGUGAAUGUUCCGGAAUUUUUUGAACAGAUCUUGUACUAUAUGGGGUGUCUGUUCUUUCAGACAUGUCUGAAAGAACAGGCGCCUCAUGUGAUCCAGCCACCAUAUAAAUACUAUUCAAAGGUCUUCAUUGACAUUAGCCAAAUUUGGGCAUUGAAAUGAAUCAGUGACAACAGGUGAAAAUUUGUGCCAGACUGGCACUCAAACCCCAGAUCUCCCACUUGUGUUAAGUUACCUCAACUUGAACAUUAUUACCAUACCCCUAUCUCCAGAUUGAACACAUUUAUGUCACGUGUGGACACGUGAUAGAGUAAAGAAAGUUAAAACAAGUCAUAGCUAACAAUGAAAUUGGUUGAAUCUGUAGUUGAUGCAAAUGUAGAUUUUAGUCGCUUUCACACUUGAAAGAUGUUGGUAGCUUAGCUUUGGUGAACAUGUGUCAGGGAAAUUAUGGCACUUGUCAGUUUUCCUGUGCAACUGCCAGUAACUCUGAAAGUGAAAGGCACAAACUGCCAGUAAGUUACAAGGUCUUAUAUAUUCAUUCCUCAUUCAAACGCAUGAAUGUCAGAAAUUUUGCCACUCUGCAAGGUAGAAUUGAAACCUGUCUGUAACAGCUGGCAACAGAAUAUAGUGCUCGGAAGAGCUUGGAAUGUUUUUCAGCACAUAAUUGAUUAUGUAGCUAACAAUAAACCACUGUGCUAGAUGGCUGGUGGUUGUCAUUUGUGAAUAAAUAAGAUUGUUACUGAGUCACUGGGCACCAAAAUAUAUGUCGAAUCAAGGAAAAAUGUAAGCAUGUCACAGGCAAGUGACUUCCUCGUUGAUUUACUGCUUGCUGUGGAAGUAUCAGCCUGUUAAGAGAGAGACUUUUCGUAUGUAAACACGCAUGUAGUGGGAAUAUUAUUCUGUAGGAGACAUUAUCCUUGGGUGGCAUUUUCUGUUGUAAGACAUGAGACAUGGAAACAUAUUAUGAAAGAGGUGACCUGUAACAGGAAAAAUUGUAGGACUGACUGGGGAUUGAACAUAAGACAAAUUUUAGUCUGGCUUAUACCCUCUGAGCCACACAUUACGUAUGUUAAGAAAAACUUUGUGUUAAAAAAUUUGCCAAUGUUUAAAUUACAUUUAAUUUCAAUGAAACAAAAUAAUGUUAACCAGUUACCAAUGUAAAGAAAUGUGAUUUUAUAUUACAGUAUUGCAAAAAUGAA